CUUUUCAAAAUGUUGUCACUACCGCCCAAUCAAAUCACAUUUUUUUAAUUUCACACAUUUAGGAGACUGACACACUAGAUAUAUAAAAAAUUGAAUUUCUCGUUGCCUUAUGCCAACUGAACUAUUUGAGAAGAAUCAUGGUCAUCCUUAUGAGUCAAAUACAAAGUGCAACAACAGUAUAAAAACAACAUGCUGUGAUGCAGACGACAAAGAGAAGAAUACAACCCAAGAUAGUUACACAACAGUGAAUGAAAACAACACAGGUUCGAAGAAAAGUGAGAUCAACCCACUGACAUCAGAUUUUCGCAUCCAAAAUUCCUCCAAAUCACCAGAGCUUACCAGUGGUCAGAAACAGCCUCAUUUAAGCUGUGAGUAUGGCUACAGCAGCUCGAAUAUCUCCGAUGAUGAAAUUGAUGAUUCCGAUGGUUCUAGCGAAUACAUCAGAAAACGUGUUGCUGAACUUAACGCUGAAUUAUUAAAAGAAAAGCAGUCUUCCGUUGAAGAUUAUCAAAAAAGGAAGCCUCGUGUUAAUUUUCAUUCACAGCUUGUAUAUUCAAGAACGAUAAGUGAAAAUAGCUAUGAAGAUUUAUGCAAUUCGGACAGGGACGAAAAAUACCAUUUAGCACAAAAAGAGCAGAAUAAUGAUGACACAACAGAUCAUAAGCCAAAUAUUUCUAUGAGAUCAAGGGAUUUUGGUGUAAUUGAAAGUGCUACAUCAAAGCAGGAAGGAAUUAGCAAUGUCGAGAAAACUAAUGGACCAUUGAACGAUAAUAUAUGCGUCUUUGCACCCAAAGGUGAUGUGACAAAGACACAGAAAAGCCAAAAGCCUUCAUCCAGAACAGACAACAGAAGGACAAUAAAGAAAUCAAAUAAUAUAAGGACUGAUCAAAAGAAUGCAACACCAUACAAUUCUAGCUCACUUAAUAACAAGGUAUCAUCCUGUGGACUAAACGAUAAAGACAGAGAAAAUGCUAUUAAAGCUUGGCAUCAAGCUAAAAACAGAGAAUACAUGAAAAGGAAAAUAGAAGAGUCUGAAAAACGCAAAAGGGAAGAAGAAUAUGCCCGUAAAAAAGAGGUAAGGAAAAUUACUGUGAGUAGAAACAAAACUUCCGCACGGAAGUAUUUAGAUUCUCAUGUAGUUAUUGUUCUGAAAUUUUUACGUAAAUUAGAUUGAAAACCAAAAGAUACGUGAGAAAAAGUUCACAGAAUGGUUAAGAAAUAAAUCUUUACAAAAACGUUAUGAAGAAGAAAUGAGACGACGUGAAAAUGAAGAACGAAAUUGUCUAACUGUUGUACAUUCUAGAAAAGCAUGUGAGAAGGCUUUUAAACAGUGGCUACGACGAAAAAAUCGUGAAGCUGAAGAAGAGGUAAAAAGAGCAAAUGAAAGGAUGAAAAUAACACGAAAAUUAAUGCGAAAUCACUAUAAUUCCCAGAAGCUUCUGCAGAGUAUCCAAAAAGCUGGUCUAUUUGAAAUUCUAUGUUGAUCAGAAACUAUCAGUAUGCAACUGAUUAUCAAUGAGUUAACUGUGAGAUUUAUAGCGAUUCUA